CCGGGUGAAAGGUGCCUGGUUGCCCCAGCAACCGAGUCGCAUUCAGCUCAGAUCUAGCUUUUGGUUCCCUUUUCGCCGCAGAGCUGGCUACUCCGGAGGAAUCCCAGAGUCAAGAAAAUCUCUCCAGGACCUCUCUGUCAACUCCAGAAGUAUAUAAGAUAAACUUUAUUUUUCCAAAUGGAGACAAGUAUGAUGGUGACUGUACAAGAACACCUUCUGGAAUCUUCGAGAGAAAUGGAAUAGGUAUUCAUACAACUCCAAAUGGGAUUGUCUACACAGGAAGCUGGAAAGAUGACAAGAUGAAUGGUUUUGGAAGACUUGAACAUUUUUCAGGAGCAGCAUAUGAAGGCCACUUUAAGGACAACAUGUUUCAUGGACUGGGGACUUACACAUUCCCAAAUGGGGCAAAAUACACUGGAAAUUUCAAUGAAAAUAGGGUGGAAGGCGAAGGACAGUACACUGACACCCAAGGGCUGGAGUGGUGCGGCAGCUUUCAUUUCACAGCUGCCCCGGGCCUGAAGCUAAAGCUCCACAUGUAGAUGUUCUGCAAGUUUUAAUGUGGUGAUUGAAGCUGUUCGUUGUACGGAAAACAGAUAUGUCAUCCGAAAUAACUUCACACACCACCUCUCUAUUAUAAUUUUGCCAAUAAAGCCGUCAUUCACUUAUG